AGAUAAAACAUGAAUGAAAACCUAGCGCUUGUGACAUUUCUAUAAUGCAAUAGCAACAAUUUACAUCAAUACAGAGCGAAUUGAUAAGGAAACGUUAUCACGACAGUUCAUUUGCUCAAAUAUUUGAACGUAACGCAAGAAGGAGUCUGUCAUAUCUACCAAACAUGAUGACAGCACAACAUGUUCAGGAAAAUUUUUUUCCCAAUGGAUGUUUUACUUCUUUUGAGAAGCACAAGCCGCUAUCUACAGUCGAGUUUGAGCAACAUACCGAUUACUUGCGAAGUUGGAUCGCAAGAUGGUCAAGAAUAGAGAGAUUUGCAUUCAUCGACAAAUUGCUAUCAAUGUGCGAAAAAGAACAAGUUCAAUUUUUGUGGACGGUUUUACAACCGGCAUUUCAUCGAGAUUUGGUGUACAAUUCGCUUUUCAAAACAAAGCUGCUAAAGACAAGCUUUCAGUCCGUUUCCAUUCCUGUUUCAAGGGAAAUACAUGGACGUGCAGGAUAUUUGAGAUCAAAGGGAGAAAAAGUCCCGUUGGUCAAAAGCGCAAUUUUGAGAAAUGAGGACGAAGUUAGAAACUGGACAACGAGCUCUAUAUUGCCAAUUGUGGAUAAAACAGUGCCAACAAACAAAUCGAGGUGUUUUAUCAAGAAGAGAAACAUUAUAAGAGGUGUUUGGAGAUCGCAUACUGGUGCUCGUGAUGUCUGCUUUCCUGGCAUCAGAAAACAUCACGGUCGAGGUGUGUUUUGUGUUAAAUCUGCCCCGCCAUGUGUUGGGGGUCAGUUGACAAACCACAUGAUACGAAGACACAUGCAAACCAGUGGCGUGGAGAUAAGAGGAAAUACGCUAAAUAAAAAUACAAUGGAUUUAUGUAACAGAAAUGUUGUCAAUAAGAAGUUGCAGAAAGAAAACGGAAAGCCUUCCCAUGAUGCUUCAAUGAGCACAGCAGUAAAAUGGUUUGCCAAACAUUCAAAUGUGUGGGAAAAAAACGAGUUUCUCCGCAUAUUUCUUGAAGUUUUGGAGCCAGUCGAGCUUAUCUACAUCUCAGGAUUGAUGACUGUAAGGCAGUACAAAGACUUCAUCUCGCUCCUUCCACGUCAUUUAUCUCGUCAGAUUCUCUCUCAUCUUACUGUUGAGGAACUGGGUCUAGCAAGUCAGGUUUGUCGAACGUGGAAUGAAAAUGCAAGUGACGACAUCAUAUGGAAAGAAAAAUGUGCAUACACUUACGUCGGCGUUCCUCUUACAAAUAGUAAACACUGGAAGACGAUAUACAAAGAAAGUCGGGAGUUACAAACAAACUGGACAAGAGGACGUUGUACAUUUAAGGAGCUCUCGGGGCAUUCUAAACGAGUGCUGUCGGUGAGCUCGUAUGAGAACCUUGUUGCAAGUGGCGGUUAUGAUAAAACAAUAAAGAUCUGGGAUUCAAGAACAGGAACUUUAAUUCAGAGUUUAACUGGUCAUUCGAAAGGCGUUUGGUGUUUGAAUUUUCUAUCGAAAACAUUGCUCAUCAGUGGUUCGCACGACGCUUCGAUUAGGGUUUGGAAUCUUAGAACUGGAAUGUGUGUAAGACUAUUGCUGAGCCAUAGAGGACCGGUUUGGAAUUUGCAAAGAAAAGAUGAAAUUUUAGUUUCUGGAUCAGGAGACAAAACGGCUAAAGUAUGGAACAUUCGUAAAUGCCAGUUAUUGCAAACAUUGAUUGGUCAUAAUGCAUCCGUACUUUGUGUUGACAUUGACAAUGAAAAUCGCAGAGUCUUCACAGGGUCAGGAGAUCAAAUGAUACGAAUGUGGGAUAUGCAGACCGGAACAUGUUUGAAACGCUUCAGAGAGGUCAUUAUGAACGAGGGACAAGGAAGUGCAGUGACUGGUCUGAGCUACAACCAAGGAUUUUUAGUUUGCGCUGUAGGGAAUCGUGUUUUAUUGUUGGACAUUGAAAAUAACGAACAGAUUAAAACAUUUUGGGGACAUGAAGGAAGAGUGGAAGACGUGAAACUUAGAAUUCAAAAUGUUCGCGGCAAGAUGGAACGAGGGCUCAUUUACAGUGCCGGGAAAGAUGGUCUCAUAAAAUACUGGGACCUAGUCAAAGGUUCAUGUUUGAGAACCUUGGGAGAUCGAGAGGCGUGUGUCAAUGGAAUUUUCGUCAGUGACACUCAGAUAAUUUGCGCCUGUGACGACAGUUCGAUUAAAGUGUGGAAUUUUUUAUUCAAUAAUAAAAAAGUUAAUCAGAACGAAGAAAACGCCAAGCGUAAACGAUACAAAAAAAGUCAGCUGUUCAUAUGAACUCAUCAACAAACAAUCUGUUUUGGGCAAACAUUAAAUGCGAUUUUUUUGAACAAGAUGUGAAAACAAAUAAAAGGGAAUUUUCCAAAUAAAUGUGGAGAUAAUCAUGUGGAAGGAGAGAUGCAAGGUUUUUAUCGCUCACAAAUGUACACAUGCAUUCGUGGCAUGAAUGGGGAAUAAACUACACAAGAUUUUAAUCAUAAUUAAUAUACAAUAAUUUAUAUAUCUGCGUGUGAUCAAUCUAUGUUUAAUGUUUGACUAGUGUUAAAACUCUAUCUAUGAUAAUAUUUAAUGUACACAAUAAUGUUUCAUUGUUAGAGUAUAAAUAUGUAAAUUUAAUUUAUCUGUUUAUUUUAAAUUUAUCAAUGAUAUACAUGUUCUCAAAGCUA